GACACUCCCAGGCGCACCUCAAAGCCCACGGUUUCAAAUACCCGUGCGCGCGCCUGUGCGCGCCCACAUGUUAAGCGUUCCGCUGUCGGAGAUGGGUUGCGGAGGCUCAUCUCCCGUGCAAGGAACAAGCAGCCCUUAUGGAAGCUCACAGCCACCAGUCAGUGUUCCCCCUUCUCCACGCCCUGGCAUGGAGGAAGGCGAAGGAUCUGAUUGCUCGGAGCACCGGGAGGCCAUGCCUGAAGAGGAGGUUCCAACAGCGGGCCUUCCAGUGACUGCUGCGCAGGCGGCCAAGAUGACCGGCUGUAAGUGGCACGCGCAGAUCGUCCAAGAUGAUUUCUUCCACAAGAAGCUGUGUAGUCGUCCAGGCGAGCUGAAGCCCUGCCGCCCAAUGCCCCACAUCAAGCUCUCACAGUUGCUGGAACGACUGGUGCAGAACGAGCGGGGGGCUUGGAUCCUUUCAGGAGAACUGAACGGCUGGCCCGGUCUCAAAGACUUAGAACUCGUCUCCAUCACGUGCAAGGUGCGAUCCCUGGUGGGGACCACCAGCAUCGGUGUGCGCCGCCUGUGGCUCCAGGGUGCGGAGAGCCCUUCCAGUGACCCCGUGAGCGUGCUGAGCGCCCUGAAAGGCAAGAAGCUUCGCUCCGUGCGUGACCUGAACAGACCAUUGGGGCGAUGGGGGAGGGUCGCCCGGAGGUGGGUGAAAAGCAUGAGCGGAGAUCUGGGAGGUGCCAUGAUCCGAGCUGGAACUGGAACUGAGAAUCACCAAGAUGUGUUUUGAGAUCGGCAUCUCUUUCGCCAGUUGGACCCGACUUCAUCGUGACUUGAGGAAGUUUGGAGACUUGAGAUAUGAUCCAUUCAACUUUGGGUGUGGCCCAACGCCGAACAAAAAAAAACCGUAGAGGUCAAAAAUCAUCGGCAUUUUUUGAGAGGUCGGCAGCUUAACCAUCAUGAUCCACUGUUAGUGGCCCAUGGGAUGCCCAAAGGAGUUUGAGUCUUCGCCCGGAACAGGCCAAGGCGGCCGAGGGGCCCUCGUAUGUUUUCGCAUCUCGUUCCGUUCUGGGGCUGGUGGAAGGCGCAGAGUGGGGGUAGUGAGUCUUAGAAGUGCAGUUAAUAUAUCGGUUGCAUUUAUACAGUUUCCUGAGGGCCCA